AUGGCUGGACCGACAUUCACGAGCCCAUUCGGCAAUGCAAACCCAUUCGGAGGUGACCCCGGCCGAUCAGACAUGGGAAGACCCUCGGGUGGAGGCUUGGGCAACUUGGCUGAAGAGGAGGAGCAGGACACAAUUGCCUCGCCUAUUAGUGGCCACUUCAACGCGAGCUCGCCAUUCGGCGGCCCCUUUGGCGGCAACGAGGGCUCCCACGAUGGACCGCCAUCAUCCUCUCGGAUACCCCCGAACCCAGACUCAUACCCAGCGCAGUACAACUUUGGACGCCGCACAUCAGUCUCUGCAGAAUCAUUGAAGCCUACGGCCGAUGCUAAUGACAAUUGGACCCCGCCUUCAUACCCAAAGAGCCCCGAGCAGCUGGAGCGUCUGAAGAAGGCGAUUCAGGGAAACUUCCUUUUUAGCCACUUGGAUGAUGAGCAGAGCAACCAGAUCCUCGGAGCUCUCCAGGAAAAGCCAAUUCCGGCCAAGGAUAUCAAGGUCAUCACUCAGGGCGAUGCUGGUGACUAUUUCUACGUCGUAGAGAAGGGCUCCUUCGAUGUAUACGUCAACCCAGCCGGCACAGUCGAACCAGGUCCCGACGGCAUGGGCAACAAAGUGGGCACAAUCGAGGCUGGUGGCUCUUUUGGCGAGCUCGCACUCAUGUACAAUGCCCCGCGUGCCGCUACUGUCAUAUCCGCUGAAGCACAAUGCACGCUUUGGGCUGUUGAGCGAGUGACCUUCCGCCGCAUCCUCCUGGAGUCGACUUUUGCCCGGCGGCGGCUGUAUGAGGAUUUCUUGGAGGGCGUGCCGAUUCUCUCGACCCUUACGCCAUACGAACGAUCCAAGAUCGCCGAUGCGCUCGAGACGCUGAAGUUCCCUGCCGGAUCUGCCAUCAUCAAGGAGGGCGAUGCGGCCGAUUCAUUCUACCUGCUGGAGGAAGGCGAGGCUGACGCAUUCAAGGAGGGCAGUGAUAACUCUGUCAAGCACUACCAGAAGGGCGACUACUUUGGCGAGCUCGCCCUGCUCAAUGAUGCACCACGAGCAGCCAGCGUCGUCUGUGCUACCGAUGUCAAGGUUGCGACAUUGGGCAAGGAAGCUUUUGCCAGAUUGCUCGGACCGAUCAAGGGAAUCCUGAGGAGAACCAAGUACGAGGGCGUCAAGUCUGGUGUUGAGGAUGUCGAUCCCCUGCACCCAGGCAAUUAA